CCGUUAGGACCACUUGGGUGCAGACCAACAUGGCCGCAUGUUAGUCUGGCAUUUUCUUUACUGUUUGCCAACGUUUUAAUGCUCUUUUUGUCUGGGAUAUUGUGCUAAACUAUUCAAAAUUCAAACAUAAUUAACAUAGUUGUUAUUUCAGAAACGUAAACGUCAAGUAACAGUAGAACCAAGUCUUAAUGUCCCAGAUGCUGAAAGCUACAAACACUAGUAUGAAUCCUGCUGCUGCUGCUGCUGCUACUGUCCAUGCGAUCCCCCUUCAACAAACAGGUCCUGCCCCUAAAGGCCCCUACAUCCAACAACGUCGCCCUGAAAUGACCCCUCAUGGAGGCCCCACCACCUCCUUUGCCUCCAACCAGACCCUCAUGUCUGGGUACUCCCAGCAACAGAUGGCGUCGCCCCCGAUUCCACCAAACCCCCUUGCUAAUGUGCCUCUCAGUAACCAGAAUGGCACUUUGCGAGUAGGACAGAGUGGUGUGGGGGGUGGUGUGACGCUGGUGGACCCCCAGAGUGGCCCCGCCCCCCAGAUGGAGCCCCUGACCCUGGAGGAACCCCAGUCUCUCGCCCCGUCGCAGCAGCAGGAAGGACAGUCCGCCUUGGCAAACACAAAAGAGAAAACCCCCAUGUGUCUUAUUAAUGAGCUUGCCAGAUAUAAUAAGAUCUUGCACCAGUACACGCUCGUCGAUGAGCAAGGACCAGCUCACAAGAAGACUUUCUUUGUGAAACUCAAGUUGGGGGAGGAGGAGUACUCGGCAUCCGGUCCGAGCAUCAAGAAGGCGCAACACUCCGCAGCCGCCAUUGCCCUGGAGAAGACAAGCUUCACCCACCCUCCGCCCAAACCCAACCGGACUCCGAACAUGGGAAGUAUGACAGAAAUUGACUCUCGAUUACCUCAGGACUUUCAGUAUGAAUCUAAUAACAUCACUCCAACAGUGGAACUGAAUGCUCUGGCUAUGAAGCGAGGAGAACCAGCCGUCUACAAACCAAUCGAACCACGACACCCACAGUUCUACUCUCCACCAAACUUUGACUACAGAGGCAUGUACAACCAGCGAUACCAUUGUGGUCGAAUGCCUCGCACCUUCUAUGUGUCUCUCAAGGUUGGUCAGAAAGAGUUUAUUGGCGAUGGCCCUACUAGGCAGGCUGCACGCCACAAUGCUGCAACAAAAGCGCUGCGCAUCCUCCGCAAUAUGAGCAUGCCGGCCGACAACAAGGGAGACAACAAGGAGGAGAUUGAGGAGGACGAUCAAGAUCAGUUGAAGUCUGAGAUCAGUCUGGUACAUGAAAUAGCACUCAAGAGAAAUCUCCCUGUGGACUUUGAGGUGAUACGUGAGUCCGGGCCGCCCCACAUGAAGACGUUCGUCACCAAGUGCACGGUGGGGGAGUUUCUGACGGAGGCGGAGGGCAACAGCAAGAAGCUGUCCAAGAAGAGAGCUGCUGAGCUGAUGCUGGAGGAGCUGAAGAAGCUGCCGGCGUUGCCCGCGACGACCAUGAGGCCCAAGGUGAAGAAUGCUGUCAACAAGAAGAAGAACAGAAACCUCAUCAAGUUAUCGGACAGCUUGGUGCCGAGCGGUGGGAGUGCGUACGGUGCGGCCGUGGAGAGGACAGACGGCCUGCAUGCUGGCCAGGUUCAGAAGGCGGACCCAAGCUAUGGCAGUGGCAUCAACCCCAUCAGCCGCCUCAUCCAGAUCAUGCAGGCUCAGAAGAAGAAGGAACCCGUGUACUCCCUGGUAGCCGAGCGGGGGCUCCCUCGACGCAGAGAGUUCGUCAUGCAGGUCCAAGUGGAAGACCACACAUGUACUGGUGUCGGACCUAACAAAAAGUUGGCAAAGCGGAACGCAGCCGAGGCCAUGCUCCAGUUGCUAGGUUACAGUCGACCAUCUCCACAACCAGCUAAGUCGUCCAUCAAGACAUCCACGGGGCCUGAUGUCGGGACUGGCGAUAAGAAAGUUACGUUUAGUGACAACAGCCCGGAUAACGGAGCUUCUCUUGGAGGCAUCACGAAGACAGGUCGCCAGCUUGUACCGGGGCUGCUGCUUAUUCCCCAAGCCGGCAUGGGCCAAGGUAUGGGCAGCCCUCUGGGUCCAAUCCGCCCCGAGCAGCAGCUCCGUGAGCUGGCCGCACGCAACAACUUCCAAGUGCAGUUUGACGAUUUCUCAGGCCAGGUACCUCUGAACAACAGUAAGGAGCACCUGAGCCGCCUGUCGCUGUCUACCACCCCCCCUCAGGUUCACCACGGCUCCGGACCCACCCCUGAAUCCUCCCGGGACAAAGCUUCCAUGGAUGCUCUCAAAGUGUUGUCUGAUAUGGGCUACUACAUCGAGGACAAGACGCACAUCGGAGAUGGCCUGCAGAUAAAGUCUGAGAUCAACACCAGCAUCCCGCCACCGACACUGGGCGGGGCAACAAGCCAGCUGAUGAAGGAGUAGUCCCUGGCUGCAGCCUUGUCUUGUGUUCAUGUGGAGUACAAACUGAAGCAUCGAGAUCACAAUCAAAACUCCGUACUCAAGUGCAGAUAUUUGGACCAAGAAUUAAGUGCUCAUUCUCGGAAUCGGUGUACUUGGGUUCAGGAAAGAUCCCAUAUUAAAAACUUUAUUUAGCCAGGUGCAAAAAAAGGACAAUUAUUGCUAUUCUCUAAAUAAUUGUGCAUAAUAAGAAAUUGUGCAAGACAAGGUUGCAAGCUGCCUGCCGCUGUCGUUUCAAUCUUUGUACUUUUCUAGAUAUGCAUCUGUAGCCCUGUGCUCUCUAUUGUGGAUUAUCUCCAUGCAUAGGAGCUUGAUCAGUGUACCUACAUGGUAAUCUGCACAGACCUGUGCUACGUUAAUCAAAGUAGACAUUUUGCCCUGGAGGUAUGGUCAAAGGGGAGACAACUGUUUAAAGAGGGGUAACUCUUGACUAAAACGAUUCAGUUUCAUUGAUAAAUGCAGUGCUUCUAACAUUGCUACUUCCAGUGGUUUUAUGUCGACACAAUGAGUUUUUUAAAAGUUUUAGAAAAUAUUAAUGUUGCACUAAUAUUGUUUGGUGAUGCUGUCUCGACCCUGUGUCCCCUGUUGUUGUCUUCCCUUUGCUAUCCAGCAUGAAUGUACACUGCUUUUCUCAUCAGCCUUUGUGAGAGUGCACAGUUUAUUUUAUGUGUUUCUAAAGGAAGGAAAGUGCAAAGCAAGAAAGCUGAGUGAACCUCACAUGUUGAGGUCAUGCAGGAAACUGAGGGCAAAAACAGGAUUUGGUGCUUUAUGUGGAGGGAGUAUUUGGAGGGAUACUGCAAGGCUUAUCAAAGGUUGACAGCCCAUUGUUCUCUAAUCGGUAUUUAGCCCAUGUUGUUCGACAUUGCCCUUUGACAGAUGACCACGUGACUCCCAUCAUUGUGCGUGAACAUUAUGUUGUAGUGGUUCCUCAUCGUUUCCUGGUGAUCUUCAAAGGGCCCGAAAUGCUGAUGUUUUCAUGCUCUAUUUCUAUAUCGACUCCUAGAUCUAAAACCCCCUUCGUUGCUUGAUUCAGACAAAUUGUUUCCUUGUUUUGACUUGUAUGAAGAUAAUGAAUAUCAAUCAAACGACUUUCAAUAUGUCUUCGAUGCAGCCCGUCGCUCUCAUGUUGAACACCUUAACAGAACAAAAAUUGUCAACAGCUAAAUUCAUAUGAUCAAAUUAAACAAGUUGUCUGAAGAAAGUUUUCUUUUAUUAGUUUUGAGUUAUACUUUUUUACGCGAGAUCUAGUUGUUUUGGGUCGAUAUAUGUUAAGGCAUUUAUUAUUUUCAGUGUCCUUGUUUUAUGGUAAUUCCCAGCCUUGUACUGACUGGGUAUUCACCAGCUAUAUUUUCUUACCAAUGGAUGUAGGCCAGAAAUGAAGCGUCAAGCAAAAUUUGCAGUUAUUUUAUUUUGUCAUAUUUUGGAUGAUGCUCACUUGUCAGAAUUUGAUAACUUUACCGGACAGGAGCAAACAUAGACUCCAUGUUGCCAACGACACUGAAUGUUUAGAAGCAGAUCAAGCAUUUCUGGGUCUGUACGUUGUUCCUUGGUUUGGUAAAAUCGACCUCUCCCUUUGAAUGUUAUGUUCUGUGCUGGGCGUCGCUGAAAGGGCACCUGUAUUCGGAUCUGGUUUUCCCUAUGCCCGCCAGUACUUGUGGUACUUGUUAUGUUGAGGGUUACUAAUUCUUCCAUUGGUAAGGAGUUCGUGGGCUUAGUGUGUUUUGCUGUUGUAAUACCUUUGCUAACUAUUUUGUCAGUAUUCUGCAAUAGGAAAACACACUUCUUCACUAAAUAGUCAGCUAUUUGUCAAAAUAAAAAUUUAUUGACAUAGCUGGAAAAA